AUGAUAAAUAAUCAUAAUAACGAUAUACUAUCAUCAUCAUCAGAAUCUAAAAUAAAAAAAAAAUAUAAAAAUAAUAAAAAAAUAAAUCAAAAUUUAUUCAGUAAUGAUGUUGAUUAUAUAUAUAACCUACCAGAAGAGAUAUUUGUAAAAAUAUUAAGUUAUUUAUAUGAAGGCGAUAUAUUUAAUUGUAGUUUAGUUUCAAAUUAUUGGUACAAAGUUACACAAUCUGAUGAAGUUUGGUUAAAUAUAUACAAAAAAAUAUCUUUCCAUUGUCAAUUGUUAAAGCAAGAUUAUGAAUUUGACUUUAAAUCAAUUAUGAAAUCAAAUGAUAUUGCAAAAAGUAAUUGGAAAAAUGGAAAGUAUAAAGUUAAAGUUUUUAAUAAUGCACAUUCCGAAGUACCUACAUCAAUUAAAUUUACUGGUAAAUAUAUAAUAAGCUCAUCAAACUCAGCAGUAAAAGUUUGGGAUUAUUUUAAAUCUGAAGGUAUAUUUACUUUUAAAACUAAAAACCCUAUCAAUGUUAUGGAGUUGGAUAUUAGAAAUAAAAAAGUUAUAGGUGGAGCAUUAAAUGGUUUUGUAAAUGUAUUCAAUUUAAAAACGAACGAAAUCGAAGCAUCUUUUAAAGGUCAUCAAUCAUUUGUUAGCUGUUUAAAAUCCAAUCAUAAUUCAACAAUUUUUUGCACAGGCUCAAAGGAUAAAGAAAUAAGGCUAUGGACAAUAGAUAAUAACCAAUACUAUACAGAUGACGAUCAACAAGAAAACUCAUCAUUAAGAAUGAUAAGACUUUUAGGUUCACAUACAAAAAUAAUUACAAAUGUCGAGUGGUGUAAUAGAAAUAAUAACCAUUUGGUAAGCUCAGGUGAUAAAUUAAUAAAGUUAUGGGAUGUCGAAACAGGUCAGUGCAUUACAUCUCUCGAAGGUUCAUCAUUAAAUAUUAAUCCAUCUUGUCUUUCCGUUAAAGAUGGAUUUAUUGCAUCUGGUGGUGAAGGUAAUACAGUUUCGAUUUGGGAUAAAAGACUGGAUACUCCUAUUAAAAAAAUUGUAACCUCCGAUACCAUAUUCUAUACUCUACAGUACGAGCCAUCCCUAGACUCAAUGGUAACCGGAUCUUUCGAUUUCAUAAGAUGUUUCCAUGUUUCCAGUGCUACUUUAAUUUCGACACUCAAUCACAAACCAGCCCUAGUUAGCUCCGCACACUAUGACCCAGAAAAAGUUAUUAGUUUUGGUUUAGAUGGAAUAAUAAAUGUUUGGAAUUGUAAUUUAGAUUAUUCACAAUCACCCAAUCCAGCAAUAAACAACAAAUGUAAUUAUAAAAUAGAAUGUCAACCUUUGAUAAGAACAACUCAUGUGGACGAAACCAAAAUCAUAACAGGCAGUUAUGAUAACACUAUAAGAAUAUUCGAUUUUACCAAUGAUAAAAAAGAUGAAAGCAAUAAAUGUACUAUAAUGUAA